AUGAAGUAACUCAGACCUAUGGAAGUCUAUCAUACAAAAAGUAACCAUCUAUACAACCAGGAAUUAAAUAGGGAUUUUGUAGGCGGGGGAACAGCCUUCAAAAUGUCUUGUUUCCCCUAAUCAUUUGAAAUAGACAUCUAUUCCCAUUAUAGGUUGUUUCAACACCCGCCCCCUAAUUUAUCUUGUGUACAACCAAUACAUUCCCUAAUGUGAUCUCACAUUCACCAUUUAUCCUCUACCCUCCAAUACUCACUGUGCAUUUGAUUCUCUUCCUCGUAGUGGGUGUUGUCAAAUUAUGGUGGUUGACCAGAUUACUCACCCGGGAAAAUGUUUUUCCAAUGCCUUGCAAAGGUACCAAAAUAGUAUUUGCUGACUCAAUGGAUCUGGCAUCCCAGCCAAGUCUUCCAUGCCUAGAUUAGAGUCAUGUGCAUGUGAGGCAAUUGCACAACAGCUGCAGAGCUGCUUAAGAGAUCAACUUCUUGGCACACUUCAACUCCUUCUGCAGUGCUAAACAAUGCACAGGCAUCUGAAUUGUGCCAGGCCCACCUAGUGUCUGGUACUACUGCUUGAGUAGGUCUACUUCUAUUCUUUGGAUUUGUACCCAAAGACCAAUAAUGUUAUGCAUUUCAGAUAGCUAUCACUCAUCAUUGAUUCCGGGACCAAUACACCUUUUGGUCACACUUUACCUUCGUUGCACAGCUAUCAUGUGCAUGUAGUCACGUAGAAUCAUCAUGUCUUUACAUCGUUACAUGUAGGUCUAACUACACUGUAAAAAGAAGUCAUAUCAAACAGAUGUUGUCCAGUACAGCUGGUAGUACUAUUACCUGGCAAGAGGACCAUUUCUAAUCCUUUCUUUAUUAUUAUUCCUAAUCCAUGUUAUGGUUGUACUCCUCCUCUGUCCUCCUCUCCCCUCCCGUCUCCUCCUCUCUCCUCCUGUCUCCUCCUCUCUCCUCCCGUCUCCUCCUCUCUCCUCCCGUCUCCUCCUCUCUCCUCCCGUCUCCUCCUCCUCUCUCCUCCCGUCUCCUCCUCUCUCCUCCCGUCUCCACCUCUCUCCUCCCAUCUCCUCUCUCCUCCUGUCUCCUCCUCUCUCCUCCCGUCUCCUCCUCUCUCCUCCCGUCUUCUCUCUCCUCCCAUCUCCUCCUCUCUCUCCCGUCUCCUCUCCCCCCUCUCCCCCCUCUCCUCCUCUCUCCUCCUGUCUCCUCCUCUCUCCUCCCGUCUCCUCCUCUCUCCUCCCGUCUCCUCCUCUCCUCCUCCCGUUCCUCCUCUCCUCCUCCCGUCUCCUCCUCUUUUCCUCCCGCUCCCUCCUCUCUCCUCCCCCCCGUCUCCUCCUCUCUCCUCCCGUCUCCCCCUCUCUCCUCCCAUCUCCUCUCUCCUCCUGUCUCCUCCUCUCUCCUCCCGUCUCCUCCUCUCUCCUCCCGUCUUCUCUUCUCCUCCCUCUCCUCCUCCUCCUCCUCCUCUCCUCUCUCUCCGUCCUCCCUCCUCCUCCCCCGUCUCCUUCACAGUCUCCUCCUCUCUCAUUCCGUCUCCUCCUCUCUCCUCCCGUCUCCUCUCUCCUCCUCGGUCCUCCCGUCUCCUCCUCUCUCCUCCUCUCUCCUCCUCUUCUCUCAUCCCCCUCAGAGAGUCAGACGGACGGAAGGUCCUUCGUUCCAGCAUCCGGGAGUUCCUGUGCAGCGAGGCCAUGGCCGCCCUGGGCAUCCCCACCACCCGUGCCGCCUCUCUGGUGACAUCAGACCUCUAUGUCAACAGAGACCCCCUCAACAAUGGCCAGGUGUUCGGUGGUCCUGCGCAUCGCCCCCUCCUUCAUCAGGUGAAUGGUUAUUGGUGGUUCCCCUCUUCCUCUCAAUGUAGCGAGAUACAGGGGCCUUGUUACAAUAUGUACCAAUGGCCUACUUUCCUUGUCUCCUUUCCUUCAUGAUGACCACAGUAGGAAGGUGAAUGGAACGGAUGGAUUUAUACAAUAUUUCUCUCCCUUGUCAAGUGCUCAGUGGUAGAGAGAGGAAGCCAUUGAAGAUGAUUUGGCUAUAUUAUAUUACUGUGAUAGCCUUCUUACUGUAGGUGGUGUAUCAGGGUCAUAGGUGAGAGAAAACAAGGAAAAUAAAUAAUUUAAGAGUAUCGGGAUGUAGCUGACUAGCUGGCUAGCUGACUAGCUGACUAUCUGACUAGCUGGCUAGCUGGCUAGCUGACUAGCUGGCUAGCCAUGAACUCUGCUUUUGUUACUGAAUGAUGACUUGCUUGUGCAGAUUCGGAUCCUUUGAGAUCUUUCAGUCUCAGGAUGAGUUUUCAGGCCGACAGGGUCCCAGUCCAGGGCGCCACGACAUUCGGGCUCAGCUAGUGGACUACAUCAUCGACACCUUUUACCCUGACAUCCAACGAAACCACAGCAACCGCAAAGAGAGGAACACAGAAUUUUUCAAAGAGGUGUGGACUACACUGAAACUUCAGUUUCAACGUGAGGUUCCUGUAUCACUAUACGAUGACUAUACUACCCUUUGUAUUGCUACUUGUAUAAUAAAUAUGAGAUAGUGUUACUUAUUAUCAAUAUGAACAAUGGUACCAGAUGGACAUUGCUAAUAUUCUUAAAUUAUUCUCAAGCACUGUACAUAAACUAUACAGGGGGAUUACAUUUCACCCUGAAGUGCACACUGACAAAAUUACAUUCAUUUGUAAACUGGCUCUGUGGCGCCCCCUUGUGUUUCCAGGUGACAGUGCGGACGGCUCGUCUGGUGGCCCAGUGGCAAUGUGUUGGCUUAUAUCAUGGUGUCCUCAACACAGACAACAUGAGCAUAUUGGGACAUACUGUGGACUACGGCCCCUUUGGCUUCAUGGACAGGUACUUCUGCCUCACUUCCCCUUUCAACAGGAACUUCAAGAUGUCCUAAUGACAUCAAAACAUAUUCAUUCAGGAAAUGGAAACUUGUAUCAUGAGUAUGUAACUCACAAAAUAACUUAUAGGCAAGCUGAAUAUACAGUAUUAUUAGGUAGAAAGAACACAGCUAAAAUUCCUUAUUAUACAUUUUUGCUAACAAAAUGCAAUUUGUGCGGUCAUGUAUGGUACACAAUUGAUUAAUCAUAAGGGCUUAUUGGUAAACACUCCAUAUCUCUUCCCAUCUUCCAGAUUCGACCCAGAGUUUUCUGUGCAACGCGUCGGACCGGAGGGGGCGCUACUCAUACCAAGCCCAGCCGUCCGUGUGCCGUUGGAACCUCGCUCGUCUGGCUGAGACCCUGGGCUCUGAGCUCCAUGCCUCCCAGGCAGGGGCCAUCCUUGACGAGUUCAUGCCUCUCUACGAGACCCUCUACCUGGCCAACAUGAGGAGGAAGCUGGGCCUACUGAGGUGGAAGGAACCGGAGGACCAGGAGCUUGUCUCUGAGCUGCUGCGGCUCAUGCACAACACAGGUAUGGGGAGAGGGAUGGGACAAACUGUGCAGAAAACAGGCAUACUGUACCUGUACAUACAGAGGGGACUAACUCUGCACAACAAUAAGUUAUUUCAACCAGCAACCGAACAUAUAAAGUCCCCACUCAGACUCUUUUCUCUCUCUCUCUCUCUCUCUCUCUCUCUCUCUCUCUCUCUCUCUCUCUCUCUCUCUCUCUCUUCACCAACACACUUACAUCUGUAAGUUAAGGCUGUUUUAGUGCAGAAGGACCUGUUUUAGGUUGCUAGACAUUUUUAUUAUCUGUCUGGUUAAGUAGGUAGCUAGCUAGCAAUAUUAGCUACACAUGCUAAUGUAAGUAUGUCAGAUGUAGCACCUCAGUGUAUGAAUUCAUAUUCGUAUAGUUAUCACCAAGUAAUUAGCGAACUAGCACUAUAUUGCCCAUUCUCCUAGCUAAUGUUUUUAAUCCAGCCCCUCAAUCUUUUACAUCUCUCUUGACUCGCUCUCUGCACACAGUGAGCUGGCUAUGGUCCUCUCUAUGGCCCAGACCAACCAAGCCAUGUUUUGCCUGGUGACAGACCGACCAGAGGUGGCCCAUCAGCUGGAGAAGAUGAGCAGGCUGAAGGAGCUGCUGAGCACCAAUCAGGAUGAGCUGAGGGCAAAGCAGAGAGAGGAUUGGCUACGCUGGGUCAGCCAGUACAGGUUAGUUAGUUAGGAGAUGCCGGAUCGAGGAUCCUACUCAAUCAAAACCACUUACUUGGUUAUUGAUGAAAGAAAUAGCAUGCUUCCUGCAUACUAAAGCAUAUAUGAAUUGAUCCAUACUUUCUUGGUAUAGUUUCACACCAGUGGUGGCUGGUGUCACUUUAAAUUGGGAGGACGGGCUCAUAGUAAUGGCUGGAACGGAAUCAAUGGAAUGGUCUCAAACACAUCAAACACCUGGUUUCUAUGUGUUUGAUACCAUUCCAUUCACUGCAUUCCAUUCAUUAUUAUGAGCCGUCCUCCCCUCACCAGCCUCCUCUGUUUCACACUGUAAUCAUGGUUUACAUCAUCCCCCCUGUGUGUUCGAUGACCCAGGAAGCGGUUGGUGAAGGAGUGUAAUGGCACGAGGGAGGUGUGUACCAUCGAGGAAGAGAGGAUCCGUGUGAUGGACAGCACCAACCCACGCGUGGUUCUCCGCAACUACAUUGCCCAGAAUGCAAUACAGGCUGCCGAAAAUGGAGACUUCUCAGAGGUAUAGAAUGUUGUAUCUACUUUAAACGCUGUAGCUAUCAAUGCAUGGUGAAAUCCAUUUUUUUUUGCAUUUUCUGUUUGUAGUGAUAUUAUACAGUGAGCUCCAAAAGUAUUAGGACAGUGACACAUUGCUAGGAAUACUUCAAUACACAUAUAAGUGAAUUUGUUCCAAUCCUUUUGGUCCCCUAAAAUGGGGGGACUAUGUACAAAAAGUGCUGCAAUUUCUAAACGGUUCACCCAGUAUGGAUGAAAAUACCCUCAAAUUAAAGCAGUCUGCACUUUAAUCUCAUAGCCAAUGUAUCGUUUCAAAUCCAAAGUGCUGGAAUACAGAGCCAAAACAACAACAAAUGUGUCACUGUCCCAAUACUUUUGGAGCUCACUGUACUGUAUAUCUAUGGUUGGGUGGAUCACUUGAAAAAUGUAAUCAGUGACUGAUUACAGAUUACAUAACAAUAAGUAAUUAGUAAUGUAAUCCAUUGGAUUUCUCGAAAUGAGUAACGUAAUAUGAUUACUUUUGGAUUACUUCUUUGGUUAGCCAGUAUCUGCCUCCUCAGUUUAUGCUGCAGAUAUCUUCAGGCAAGUGCUGGCUCAGCUGCCUGCUGCAUCACUGCUAAAAGGUCAGCUUCACUGUCAAGUUCCAGGGAAAGCAUUCCCAACACUCAUCAAUAGGCCUACUACACCCAGCCACCAAGCAGAUUGUGGCCAGUAAAAGAGGAAAUGUUCAUUUGAAUGUCUGACCCAACCAUGAAUGUCUGACCCACCCAUGUCUGACCUAUAACAGUCUAGCAUGAUAAAGACGUCAAUAGACAGAUGUAACGGAUCCAAUAGUAAUCCGAUUAUUUCAUGAGUUGGAUGAUCAAUUGUGCAAAUUCUUUGAAUGUAGACUAUUCUAAGUUUGCAAAACACGUAGAUCUGUCUGAAAAGUCAGACAGGUAGAUUUUAGUGUACUCAUUUCCACUGAAACUAGAGGUUUAGCUGAGUAAGCAGCUGAUUUGUCAUGUGUGUCAUCCCAGUACUUGGGAAAUGAACAGGAUGGAGCUGUGUUGAUUAAUCAAAAUUAUCCUUUUGACCCAAAAAUCCUGAUGAAAUUUGGGAUGAUUCAGUUUUCAGUAAGUGGGGGUCUGACGUUUCUAGUUUUUAAAACGUUUUCUGUGGAAAGCAACCAAGGAGAGAACUUGGCAGUUUUGGAGAUUUAAAAUAGAUUAGAACGGAAGGGAAAAGCUUCCAUUAACACUGAAAGGUGACUUCUGGGCUGUGUAACAGCAGGUAGCCUAGCAGUUAAGAGAGUUGGGCCAGUAACCGAAAGGUCGCUGGUUUGAAUCCACAAGCCGACUGGGUGAAAAAUCUGAUGUGCCCUUGAGCAAGACCCAUUUCAGUGUGCUUGAGUCAAACACUUGCAGCCCACAUCUUAUUAGUUGAAGUAAUCCAAAAUGUAUUCAGCUGUUUUUAAGACUAACAGUAACUUUUUUUAUUUAAUUUUUUAAGUAAACUGGGUUGAUUAGUUACUUCAUUUUUGUAAUCUGAUUACGUAAUCCCUGUUACAUGUAAUCCGUUAGUACAGAACCCUGUAUAUAUAUCAUUGCUCAUUAAGUUUAAUCAACUCUUGUUCAAUCUCUCAGGUCCGCAGAGUUCUAAAAGUUCUAGAGAACCCCUUCUCUGCCCAACCUGAGUCAGAACUACCUGGUGGGCCUAAAACAUUUGGAGAGAGGGACGAGAAAGGGAUGGAGAAAGACAAAGAGGGAAGGAAGGAUGAGGGGAGGACAGCUGGAAACCAAAAUGGUGUCCCAUAUGACAGCAAGCCUCCUGUGUGGGCACGAGAGAUCUGUGUCACCUGA